AUGAAUUUAAUCACAACAAUACUCAUUAUUUCUAUUACCCUCUCCACUAUCCUCGCUAUUGUUUCUUUUUGACUUCCCCAAAUAACACCUGACCAUGAAAAACUUUCCCCCUACGAAUGUGGCUUUGAUCCCCUAGGAUCCGCGCGUCUACCCUUCUCUCUCCGCUUCUUCCUUGUUGCAAUCCUUUUCCUCCUAUUCGAUUUGGAAAUUGCACUGCUCCUUCCCCUUCCUUGGGGAGAUCAACUUUCUUCCCCUCUCAUAACAUUCACCUGAGCCUUCGCUGUUCUUAUAUUAUUAACCCUCGGCCUAAUUUACGAAUGAACUCAAGGCGGUCUAGAAUGAGCUGAAU